CACCACCGCCAAACUUCCGGUGCCAUCUUUAACGAUAACGAUUGGCCAACGUAAACAUAACGUAAUUUACGUAAGCAAACAUGGCGGUUGAGCUGCUGUUGAGUUUUGUUGCCAUGUGAAAUUUGUCUGAAAUGGCACAGGUUCAAACCCCACCUGGUAAGGUGGGCAAAAUGCCCGUGAAGAAGAAGAACAACCCACAGUACUUCAAGAAGAAGGCCAAAACAAACUACUGUAUUUUGUGUCGCAGGUCUCAUUUGAAAAUUGAAGCACACGAGCAUGUGCAUGGUAUGCUGCAUCACAGAGAGCUGGAGACAGUGCUGGGCAAGGAUUCAUUUCAUGAAUGUCAGGCGUGUAAAGCAUCCUCCAUGGGCUUAAAUGAGUAUGCUCAGCACAUUUCCACUGCGCAACACAAAGCCAAGUUGAAGAUUUUGAUUGCUAAAAAUAUAAAGCCCAUCUCUCUGUGUAAGACUCUGAGCAAAGAGACCAUGGAUCGGAUCUUGGAGAGAAACAAGACACUAAAAAAAGAGGAGAAGAAAGUAAGGGGCAAGAAAAAAAAGAAACAGAAGCAAGUAGCUGGUCAGCAGCGUGCAAACAUGCAACAGGGAGCCAGCAAAAAAAAUAAAGUGAUGUCCAAACAAGUGAAGAUGAGGAGACUGCAACAGGAAACCUACCAACAAGGAGCAAACAGUGCUGUUGUUCAAAACAAAGAGAAUAAAGUGUCCAGUCUGCAAAGGCCUCUUCACCAAAGAGAACCAACUCUGCAGAAUCAAAGCGGAAGAUUGCCUUGUUUGUCAGGAGAGCCUGCAGGUCAAACUCGUCAUUACCCUCAUGUUCGAGACCAGUUCACCCAAUCAGCUCAGCAGCUAAGGUAUGAUGAAAACUUUUCGGUCAAAAUUGAGAGCUCCCAAACAGGCAGACUUGUUAGAAGACCAGACAACACUCAAGCAGGUGCCGCUAACAAGCCAGGAAGAAAAACAUGGCCUACCAUCAGCCAGAAUGGCUAUUACAACCAGCAAUACGAUGGAGACUUCACCAGUGAUCACCUUCCUCAUAAUGGAGCCAUCAUCUUCGUUCAUGACCAGAAUGAGAGUACGGUAUCUACUCAGCCAGAACAAGAAUGUUCAGCUCAACCUGCUUCAGCAAACGGAUCCACCAACGCAGCUCCCAUACGGGAUGUCGACGUCAGUGCAAUGCUACGGCAAAUCAGAAGAGCGCUGGGCGUGAGAGAGCCGUGCAGAGCUGACCGUGAAGCCCGGAAGCAGAACAGUGAUGUAGGUGUCCGGGUGGCUGAUCGCAGCACCACGCAACAAGCUGGAGCUGAGAAAGAGCAGCAGACAGGUGGCUCCUUUACGAACAAUGUCAAGACGGCUACACUUCACAUCACCUCUGCUGCAGCUACACCUGUGCAAUCCUCACAGGUCAACAGCACUGCUCCCUCCAAUAUUGCUCCUCCUAAGCCAAAGCUGACAACAUAUAAAAUGACACAAGGAACAACUCAGCAUUGUGAGAAGAGCUCAAUGUUUGCAAGUAACUCAAAUGGACCAUCAAACAGCAGGGAGAGAGAAUCUCAGGGGACCCUCGACAGCCAGUGCUCGACCACAUCCUCUGAGCCCAACCAGAACAUCACCCGAAAGGUUCGAAUUGCCCACGACUUAGCCAAAGUUCAGGGGGGAAAAGAGGCUGGGCUUAAACCAACCCUGAAUACAAUUUUCAGCUUAUCAGGGGCCAAGAGUAAGUCGAACUGGAGGACGAUAUAUGAGGAGACGAAAAGGAAAAAGCAGGAAAGGGGCAAAGGCAACCCCAGGUUUGGAAUUAAGUUGGCGAACCCUCUGUCUGACCAAGAAAGCUCAACACAAGCAAAGGACAAUGACAUAAGUCUGUCAGAAGGCUUCCACUGGGAGUCGUUCCCAAACAGUCCUUCAGGUGCGCACUGGACCAAGCUACCUCCUCCACCCCAGGACACAACAAAUAAUGACUCUCGCCCAGAAACACAGUCAGAUUCUCAGCUGCAGGAGCCUUCGGAGCAGCCUGCUGCAGCCUUCCAGUGCUGCAGCAGUCAGACAGUCGAAGCUCUCUCUGUGAAGGUGGAGCCAAACUUGGAAGAUGAGAAUGGAGAUUUGAGAGCCAACAGUAGUGCCAGCAAGAGGAAACACAACAGGAAUGAUGGCAUUUCUGAUAAGGAGCCAAGUGGAAAAAAGAAAAAAACAAAGUCAAACAAAGACCAGACGCAAAUGGACCAGCUCUUGGCUGUGUCUCUGAGGGAGGAUGAGCUGAGCCACUCGUUGCAGGAUCUGGACAAGUCUCUGGUCCAGGCUCGCAAUGCCCUGCAAGCUGCCUACACAGAAGUCCAAAGACUCCUGCUAUUGAGACAGCAGUUUACCGCUGAGGUCAACAGUCUGAGAGCCCAGCGCAUUGAAAUCCUGCAAGGGAUGCAAGGAGGGUACACAGGUGCAUCUAAUGUAGCAGAGAAAGCCCCCACCUUAUCAGCAGGGGCUAAUGCUAGCGUGCAGCCAAGACUCUCUCCCCUUCCUUCCUUUAGUGCUUUCCCGACCUCCUACAGCCAGCAACAAUCUCCCACAAACCAAGCAUCUUCCAUUAGCCCCCUUGUCCUGCCAACCAUGCCAGUAAAGCAAGAAACAGUCCAACUAUCCCCAGCUGGACAGGCUAGUCAAUUUUCCAAAACAUUGUCCUGUAACUCUGAUACACUUCAAGUACCUGCAAACCAACCUGUGCCCUUGUUUCCCUCUGAUUUGCUCCCUUCACUGCUGCAUCAGUCACCACACUUAGCUGCUCAUACAACUGCUGUUACCCCUCUAAAACAACUCAAAACAGAGUGCUCUACAUCAGCAAAUACAAAUAAUUUCCCUGAAUCAUCUGCUGCGCAACAGACAGUGAGGAUGUCAGCUGACAGUGAUUCUGAGGAAGAGAUGGGAGGAAAUCUCUGCAUAGAACAAGUUAAAGAAAAAGAGCCAGCAACAGAGAAGCCAGUCUCCACUUUUGACCCCAAAAGUGGUCAAAAUGCAUCUGCUGCUGCAGCACCAGACGACGAUGGAGGGAACGAGAGCGACGCCUCUGUCAAAAUGGUGGAGCCCUCCGGCCUGGUGGUCAUCGACAUUGAUGAAUCGGACAAUGAGGAUGCACCAAAUGUUCCAGUCCACCAAGAGCCUCCUCAGAAGUCAGUCAGUGUGGAGUUCAGUUCUUUAAGCACACAGACGUUUCAGCAAAAUUACGUUGAGAGAAAAGUUCAGCCCACAUUUGUGCCAGUUGACGUAGUCGAGGAUGAGGAGCCGUCCGUGGGAUCUUUUUUCAAUCACACAGGCCCCGUCCACGGCCUCCAUGUUCACGAGGGUCGGUUGUACACAUGUUCAGGGGACAACACAGCACGGGCCUACAGUCUGAUGACCAGGGAGUGCCAAGCAGUAUUUGAAGGUCACACAAAUAAAGUCAACUGUCUGCUGGUAUCGUCCCUCCCAAACAUGCCGUCACGCCUCUACACCGGAUCCAGUGACCAGACUAUUCGCUGUUACAGCAUAAAGACCACAAAGUGUCUGGAGCAGAUCUCUCUAUCAGACAGAGUGUUGUGUUUGCACAUUGCCUGGAACAGCCUGUAUGCUGGACUCGCCAAUGGAUCAGUGGCUAGCUAUGAGUUAAAGACUCUGAAGAACUUAGAUGUGCUUGAGUGCCACGGCCCGCGAGGUGUGAGCUGUCUGGGUACAGCACAAGAGGGCGCCCGGCGAGUGCUGCUGGUUGGCUCCUACGACAGCACCAUCAGCGUACGAGACGCCAAGAGUGGCCUGCUGCUGCGCACGCUGGAGGGUCACACCAAAACUGUACUCUGUAUGAAGGUGGUGAAUGACCUGGUCUUUAGCGGCUCCAGUGACACAUCUGUUCAUGCCCACAACAUCCACACGGGUGAGUUGGUUCGUAUCUACAAGGGUCACGAUCAUGCUGUCACAUCAAUAGUGAUCUUAGGGAAGGUGAUGGUGACAGCCUGUCUGGAUAAACUGGUCCGAGUUUAUGAGCUACAGUCCCAUGACCGUCUGCAGGUGUACGGGGGUCACAGUGACAUGGUGAUGUGCAUGGCCGUACAUAAGAGUGUGAUCUAUACAGGCUGUUAUGAUGGCAGUGUUCAAGCUGUGAAGCUCAACUUGAUGAAGAACUACCGCUGCUGGUGGCAGAAUUGCGCUCUGAUCUUCGGCAUGGCGGAGCAUCUUGUACAGCACCUCGUCAGAGAUCACAGCAACCCCACUCUGCAAGCGGUCAAAUGUCGUUGGAGAGGCUGCAGCACAUUUUUUGGCACACAGCAGUCUGUUAAGCAGAAAUUGCCUGAACACAUGCAGAGACACGUGGAGAAUGACAGUACAAUACAGCCUUGACAGCAGGGUUGGUGAAGUGAUGCAGCAGAUAAGGUUGGAGUCACGUUCAUUACAACACAUCGGCUGAUUUCUUUUAGUUUCAAAAAUUCUUUUCAGGGUUUUAUUUUCCGUUAGGAGAUCAUUUAUUUUCUAGCUGUUGAGGUGCUGAUUACAUCUCGUUGGUCUCGUGCAUAUUGUAUAUUCUCUGUGAUGGUGAGACGAGACAGGCUACUUGUUAUUGAUCCUUGAAGCCGUUGUGACCGGAUUGAGACGUUCAAUCUCACACACUCGAUCAGUCCUGCUGUUUAAAAUAAUUAUUUUAAUUAUUUUAAUACAUUUGUUUUGUUGCUGUUUUAUGUUUUUGUUGUCACAGUGAAUGCAUGACAUGGCUUUAUACACCAUAAAAUAUAUUAUACAGUAACCCUCUUCAGAUAUGUCAUUAGUAUAUGUGAAGCUAAUUAUUCAGAACAUUUCUACAACGAUGCUGCACUGGCAUAAACAGCUCAGAGGAGCUUUUGUGUUAACUGCCUUCAGAAUCGAUCUUGUUUAAAUUUGUUUUGGCUAUUGACUCUGAAGUGUAGGUAACGGGUUUUAAUAAUGGCUAAAUCUGUCAAAGAAGAGCAAAGCAGAAAUGUCAGUGUAUAAACCUAAACAAAAUUAACUUGGUUAUACAUCAAAUCUUAACACUCAGUUUGCUCAUCCUGCUGCAUUCAAUAGUUAUUUCAAAUAUUUAAGAUUUAGCAUUACGCUCCUGUCACUGUUACGUUGUCGGACUCACGAUGGACCGUUCCAUCAGUCGGCAAAAUUGAUGCAGCAGAUGCAGAGAUAUUAUCUUUAUUCCAUCCAUCGGUCUUCCUUGUAAAAACCUGGUACCUACAAUACCCAUAAUGCAACUCGACCACCGCAGAUUUAGGUGUGUUGUGCUAGUAGCGGCUAAUGUAGCCUCGAGGCACUAGCCUCAUGCAGAGACGAGGAGCUGCUACAGCGGUCUGGUAAGCUCACCUCUUUCUAGUCUCGCAUUGCCAGACCUAUCUCCACAGCGCUGUGUCAGAGCUGGAGUAUGGUCUGGCUAUACGCUUAUCUAUUCUGGGAUAGGGGGAAAAAUGCUCUGGCUUGUUUGUAUUGUUUUAAACCAAUCACAACCUUCCUGGGCGGCACUAAGCCCCGGGUGCAGUGACAGUGUCCUUGCAAAAUAGAUAGCGGAGAUCGGGAAAGGGAAGGACGUCAGGCUUUAUCCCAGCACUGUACAUCCGGUGAGCCAGACUAACCUCUUUCUAACUCUACACCCUCUCUAUCCCCAGCUAAAACCGACUCAAGUGACAUCACUUUCAUGCAGCUCUCUGGAGACUGGAGAAAAGUUUUUAUACAACUUUUCUUUACAUAAACAGGAGUACACCCCAAAACCUGUAAACAGACUGACGUGUACAAUUAGUGGAGUUCCCCUUUCAAAGAUGAUGUACAAGUGUCUGAAAUUUCCAUAACCUCAGACAUUAAGGAUCAUUCUUGGUAAUUUUAGGAGGGGUGGGCUCUGAGGAUUUUCAAAUCCUUCCUAGUUUUUCAAAAGUUUUGUCCUAAGAUUGUCCUCACUUCAGUGUGGAAAGGGACGAUGGCUCAGAUGUAAAAAUAAACAGGCUUAACUUGCUUGUAUACUAUAUUAUAGAAGGUGCAGUUUGGGAAGUAACUCCAGGGUUUAAAAUCCAUAGGCUAAUAUUUAGCAACCUGUACCUUCCAUAUAAAGAAUAAAAUUUGUAUCUUUACCCGCCUGCUUUUAAGUCAGAUUUUUUUUUUUUAUUGGAAAAUAGUUAUUUUUCCUGAUAUCAUAGUGUAAAGACAAUGUAUCUUAAAUUACUUCCUGGCUUUGUUACACUUGAUAACUUGAAAAUGAAUUCCUUAUGUCGACAGAGGUUUGGUUAUAAAAGGAGUAUGUUUUGCAUCAUUACAGAUAUAAACCAUAUGUUAAAUUAUAACUUUUACAUUUUCACAUUUCCCAGAGAGUUAUUCUCGGCAAUGUGCUUACGCCCUGUACAACACAUAUUUGAGAAAACUUAUUUUGUUCAAUGGAUAAAGUACUGUAGUAGUGAAAGUUGUCAGAUCAAACUGGCCAGAGAGUAACUUCUAAGAGUGCUGUAUUUAAGUCAUGCCUUAAUUUUUGUAUGUUAUACUGUACAGUGUGCAUUGAUUUGUGUUUAAUACCUACUGUAUGUGUACAGAAAUAAAAAAUACAAAUAA